AGAUGAAUAAUACACAGCGAGAAAUGACAAAUAGUCGAAGUGAUGAAAGAUUUAACAUGUGGGAGAACUGAAAGCAAAAUGGGUUUCAUCUCUUGACUGUGACGCUGCUGCUGGAGCCGAUUAAACGGGAACAGCGCGCGAUUCCCUCCCCUCCGGUCGUGAUGCAGUGAACCUGCUCUGCGCAGAACCACUCUCGCUGUAUAAAAACGGCUGCACUUCCACAGACGGAUUACAACAACAAGGGGACACAAGCGCGAAGUCACUGCGGCUCGUCAACCCAAACUAAAAAUCACAAACCCAAGCACAGACGCCGACAUGCAGGCCGCGGGGAACGGAAUCUGGUGGAGACUUUUUCUGUUUUCGAGCCUGCUUUUGGAAAGUUCGUCUCAAGACUUUGGCGGACAGACGCAGUUCAUCUGCACGUCCGUACCCAAGGAUAUGGACAUAUGCGCAGCCACCUUGCAGAACAGCGUGCCAGGGGAGGACUUGAAGACCACUGUCAUGCAGCUGCGGGAGACGGUUUUGCAGCAGAAAGAGACCAUCAUGAACCAAAAAGAGACCAUCAGAGAACUGACCUCAAAGUUGGCUCGGUGCGAGAGCCAGAGCGGCGCGGAGCCCGGGGACGCGCGGCCCGGGGGCAGGAGGAAAGAAGCUGGGACCAAAAACACAAUGGGGGAUGUAUCGAGGGGCCCCGCUGACACUUUGACGCAACUGUCACAGACUUUACAGUCGCUGAAGCAGAGAUUAGAAAACCUAGAGCAAUUCAGCAGAAGUAACAACUCGGUGCAGGCGAACAGCCUCAAAGACCUGCUCCAAAGUAAAAUCGACGACUUGGAGAAGCAGGUGUUGUCCCGAGUGAACAGCAUCGAGGAGGGGAAGCCCGGACUCCGCAACGAGACGGAGCAGCGUGGGAGAGUUGAGUCCACCCUCACAUCUCUACACCAGAGGAUCACCGACCUGGAGAAAGGUCAAAGAGAAAACAGGCCUCUGGAUAAAUUCCAGCUCACGUUCCCGCUGAGAACCAACUACAUGUACGCAAAGGUGAAGAAGAGUUUGCCAGAGAUGUACGCCCUCACCGUGUGCAUGUGGCUCAAAUCCAACGCCUCCCCAGGGGUGGGCACACCUUUCUCCUAUGCAGUUCCUGGUCAAGCUAACGAGCUGGUCCUCAUAGAGUGGGGAAACAACCCAAUGGAGAUACUGAUAAAUGACAAGGUUGCAAAGCUGCCUUUCCUUAUCAACGAUGGGAAGUGGCAUCAUAUCUGCGUAACCUGGACUACCCGUGAUGGUGUUUGGGAAGCUUUCCAAGAUGGAGUCAAGAGGGGGAGUGGAGAGAAUCUGGCUCCAUAUCAUCCUAUCAAACCACAGGGCCUGCUCAUCCUCGGUCAAGAGCAGGACACGCUCGGAGGAGGAUUUGAUGCCACACAAGCGUUUGUGGGAGACCUCGCAAAUUUUCACAUCUGGGACCGGAAACUAUCUGUCGGAGAGAUAUACAAUCUAGCGACUUGCAGCAGCAAAGCGCAGGUGGGCAACGUUUUUGCAUGGAUGGAGACGAGCCUGGACAUUUACGGAGGUGCCUCAAAGUGGACAUUUGAAGCUUGUCGCCAGCUCAACUGAACUGCAGGGAAGAAAAGAUCAAUGCAUUUGUUAAAGCCACUCUGUUUGUCACGGCAUUGGUAAACUGAUUUGAAAGAUCAGGAGGCGAUUAUAUCAAUGAAUAGCAUCUGGAUUUGUUAUAGAUAUUCGAAAACAUCAUUUGUGGACACUUGAUAGAUUUUUACCAGAUUCUCAUGUGGGGGACAGGUCACUGGAAACGGACACUUUGGCAUCUUGCGGUUCUCAAAUGCACAUCAGGCCUACUUGUGGGUUCAUUUGAAAAGGCAGCUGAUGCCGCUCCAGAGAGCUCUCGGAGACCAAAAUGACAGGCCAGCGAAGGUACAGUAGGAGGUCAUGUAGUUUUUAGCGAACUGAUGUCACGCAAUUCAACAAAAUUGACUGACUUCUUCAAACGUCUUUUCUGUCUCGACUGCCAGGGAUUUUCACUGUGAAAAAGGACAAAGUGGACUUCUUUAAACGGACUGUGUUCUUCAAGAGGUUGUGAAAUAGACAACAUAGAUUCUCUCUCACUAUUCUUUCUCUACCACCACCUGCUUGACGUGAUUUUGUGUAAAGAAUGACAUAUUUAUUGCCAACAUUUGAGCCUGAGUGCCUUGGGCUGUUGAAAAAAAGAUCUCAGCACAUUCAUUAUGAUUUGCAGAGUGUUUAUGUUUAUUUUAUUGUGAAUUAAUUUCAAUUUCAAAAGGUGUUUCUCGUAACACUCUGAAUGAGGCUGGAUCAGAUGGUUUAUCGUAAAAUGCAAUUCAUUGAUGAUAAUGACGCAUUUUGCAGAUGUUUGUACUUCAAUGGGAAUGUUCUCUGUACAGUAACAGCAUGUCUUAACUUCUGUAAAUGCUGCGUCAGCAUCUAUGAUCUUUGCUUUUACUAUCCUACUUUUGGGUUGAGAUUUUAUACUGUAUUGUUAUAUGCUUAAAGCAUGGCAACACCGACAGAUAAAAAAAGUUCUAGUUUUUGUAAUAAAUUGUGAUACUUGAAUCAUAAAAAAGGUGUAAACUUUUUUUAUUUGAGAAAUUUGAAUCUUUGCACACGCUUUAUGACAUACAGAUCUAAUGAAAUACAAGGUGUCAAUUGAACUACAUUGGGGCGCUGCAAUUAAAGGUCUAAAUCUGA